GUAACCCGGAAGUUAGCUCAGGCACAAAUGAGUUUCUUCAAAAGAGAAAUGUGCUCGGUCUAGAAAAAUUAUUUCUGUGCUUCUAGAAAUGUCUUUACUGGCCAAAAUGAAAUUAUAUCUUUGUAUUUGAGUUCCUUUGAAAAGGGUACCUUCCAGGCGGACAUGGGUUCUUAUAUGGAGAUGUUAAUGAAACAACCUAAUAGUUCCGCAAAAGCUAGAAGUUUUCUGGCUCAGCAGUCAGAAAAUUUGUCUGCAUGGUUAGCAUUCUUGUAAUUUUUUGGAAGAACAUGACAAUACUAGACCAUGCACAAAAUAUCUGGGAAUAGAAUUUUAGAAAUAUUUAAAAUGGCCUAAGCUUUCCCACCUCUUGAUUCUGUUUCAAGUUGUUAGCUUCAGAAAAAUUGAUUAUUUAUGGAACUAAACGAAAAAUGUCUAGCAAAACAGUGAUUCUGUUUGGCUGUACGAAUUUUAAUUGCGUUUAAUAGAAUUUUAGGGUAUGACCAUUUUUUUUCAAAGACGUGUUGUUUAUAUCAAGGGAUUGGGAGUAAUUUCUCAGCCUUACGUCAUUCAUGAAAAAGGCUAUGGGUUAUUCCAAAAAUAAAUACUCCCAUUUGAAAAAAAAAAUUCCGUGUUAAUUUCGAUGUGUUGCGUCAUUCUAAAAUGUUGUAAACCAGACCCUAUAAAUUGGAUCAAAGUGACUUAGAAAGUUCAUUGUUGCUGGCGAAUGGAACGCUCUUGCGUAUCUUACUUAUGCAUAUCAAUUGGGGGCGCUCUUCAAGGUUACCGGUACACGUGAAAAAUGGCUGAUGCAGGCGAGAAGCUGAGCAAGAGUGAGUUGAAGAGGCGAGCCAAGGCUGCCAAGAAGGCUGAGGAGAAGGAAGAGAAGGCUCGGGCUGCAGCCGAGAAGCAAGCCCAAGAUGGAGCCAAGGCUAGUGCCAAGAAACCAACUGUGGAUGAAGAAACACUUGAUCCUCGGGAAUACUUUAAGAUUCGUUCUCAGAUGAUCAAAAAUUUGAAGGAAGCCAAUGAUACUCCGUACCCUCACAAGUUCCUUGUCACCAUCUCGUUAACGGAGUUUAUUGAGAAAUAUAAUCAUUUAGAAGCUGGCGAGAUACUGAAUGGCGAAGUGCACUCAAUCUCAGGUCGUGUACAUGCUAAGAGAGUGUCUGGAGCCAAGUUGAUAUUCUACGAUCUGAGAGCUGAAGGCAAGAAGUUACAGGUUAUGUCUAAUGCCUCUAAAUUUUCAUCAGAAGAGGAGUUCUUCAAGGCAAAUGACAAGAUCCGUCGGGGCGACAUCAUUGGUGUCAGAGGGAACCCAGGUAAGACUAAGAAGGGUGAGCUGAGUAUCGUCCCCUCUGAGAUGUCUCUGCUUUCUCCGUGUCUCCACAUGUUGCCUCAUCUUCACUUCGGUCUCAAGGACAAGGAAACUCGUUAUAGGCAGCGAUACCUUGAUCUCAUCAUGAAUGAGUAUGUGCAGCAGAAAUUUGUAGUCAGGGCCAAGAUCAUUGCCUAUGUCCGCAAGUUUCUAGAUGACUUUGGAUUUCUAGAGGUUGAGACGCCGAUGAUGAACAUGAUUGCAGGUGGAGCUACUGCCAAACCAUUCGUUACUCAUCAUAACGAACUCAACAUGGAUUUGUUCAUGAGAGUAGCACCGGAAUUGUACCACAAGAUGCUGGUUGUCGGCGGCAUUCAACGUGUGUAUGAAAUCGGUCGCCAGUUCCGUAAUGAGGGCAUUGACCUAACCCAUAAUCCUGAGUUUACGACCUGCGAGUUCUACAUGGCCUAUGCUGACUACAAUGACUUAAUGGAAAUCACCGAGGCAAUGCUCUCAGGCAUGGUCAAGUGUAUCACAGGUGGUUCUCUGAAAGUCACUUACCACCCUGAUGGUCCAGAGGGAGAGGCAAAGGAGAUUGACUUCACUCCUCCAUUCAGAAGAAUACACAUGAUAGAGGACCUGAAGAAAUUACUUCAGGUGGACUUCCCCCCUAUGGAUCAGCUCGACACUCCUGAGGCCCAGAAGUUUUUUGAUGACCUGUGUGUGAAGAAGGGAGUUGAGUGUUCCUCUCCAAGAACCACAGCUAGACUCCUGGAUAAGCUGGUCGGGGAGUUUUUGGAGACACAGUGCAUCAACCCAACCUUCAUCAUCGAUCAUCCAGAAAUAAUGAGUCCUCUGUCCAAGUGGCAUCGGACUAAGAAGGGUCUGACUGAACGAUUUGAGCUGUUUGUCAUGCAGAAGGAAAUCUGCAAUGCUUACACAGAGUUGAACGACCCUCUAGUUCAACGGGAACGAUUCGCUCUUCAGGCAAAGGACAAAGCGGCAGGUGAUGAGGAAGCACAAAUGAUUGAUGAGAAUUUCUGCACGGCCUUGGAGUAUGGUCUUCCGCCCACUGGUGGGUGGGGCAUGGGUAUUGACCGACUGACCAUGUUCCUUACAGACUCCAACAACAUCAAGGAGGUCCUGUUCUUUCCUGCCAUGAAGCCAGAAGACAACAAACCAACAGAUGACCAGCCAGCAACCUCCUAACGAUGACCUGUGACAUUCAGGUCAAACAUUUGGCCAGUGUUCCUGCUGUGUGCUUCAACUGGAAUGAACAACAUUUUGGCAGAAGGGAAGUAAAGACAGGUGGUUCUGACCUCUGACAUCCAGGUCGUAGGUUAUAACCUUUCAAUUUUCCUCAGGUAUGUGUCAUUAAUUUGAUCUCCAUCAUCUGUUUGGAAGCCCUGUCCUUGGGGAAGGGUUUGUUUUUGGCACAAUAGGGAAACUGGACGUCAGUGUUUUAAAAGAAUGUUCAUUGAUUAAGUAUUUAACCGUGAAUUAAUCUUAAUUGUGUGUAGAAAUGUUUUACUUGAAUGUAGGAUCAGAGGUCAAGCAAAAUACGAAACAGGCUACGCCUACCCGGAAGUCAUUUAUCAAGUCACACAAUAUGUUCAAAAGCUUUGUUCUGUUGAUAUUUUAUUCCAUUAAGAUGCUAACAUUACAUUGUCAAAAAAACCUGUAAAUGCCAACUCGGCUUGGUUUCUCACAAAUGCUGUUUGAAUGUACUACACAAAAAUAUCUUCUGUAAUCUGUAAAAUAGACUGACAUACAAUAUAUAAGUUAUAAUACAAGCAUCUUGGAUGGGGAGUUUCGGACUUUGGCUAGGCAAAACUGAGAGUAUAUAUCUUUUUGAAAAGCAAAGAUGUACGCAAAUUGCAACUUUGCACAAACAUAAUUAAGAAUACAUUUCUUCCUCACAGCCACCGUCGUUGUCAACGGAAAAUUAAAAUUAAGUGUUUGAAUUACCCACGGUUCAGUUUGCCCCUAAAAGCUGACAGCAGGAGCACGGUGAAGUCGUCAAAAUCCUCUUUUUUGAAAAUCCUGAACUCAUAGGAAUAUUUCUGAUUUGUGCAUUUCUGUCCUGCUUCAUGAGGAAAUGUCCUAAAGUCGUAUCAAAAUUUUGGGGCAUUGUGGUUGGAAAGGGGAACAUGAGUACAAUCACAGUCACUGCUUACUUUCAGAAUUGGGGAAUUAGCUUGAGUAAGCAGGUGUAAUUCCUAACACCUGUUUGCCUAAUGUGAUAAAAACAGCAGUCAGUACAACCUACAUGUACAUCCAGUGAAGCAAACACAUGUACCGGGUAGUAUAAAGGUUGUCAAGUUCACGGACGUAAGCCUUAGGGUUGUCAUUUCAUUAUUUCCCACAGUUCCUUUUAAAUGUUCACCUCUUAGUUAUUCGAGAAAACAUGACGUUUGGUAUUUUUGUACUACAAAUACCAAACUUAUAAUAUGUUUUCAUUAUUUUGCGGUACCAACACCAAUUUUUCAGACCCAUGUCAAAAACUGAAUAAAUAUGACAUGGAGAAAAUAAA